AUGUCUGAACUUGGCACGGUGCCGCGAACACCGGAUAAAAUAACUAAGCACUUGGAGAAAUCUCAGACAAACGUCCAAAAGACUAGUACAUCCAAAGUGGAUACUAGACGCAUUGCUUUAGACAUCGAUAAUCUAACAACGUUGUCAACUAGCUCCAAAGCUUUCUUUUCUUACUCCACUGAUACACUCUUUACACAAGGAACGGGUAAAGCGGGUUCUCCCAUUCCUGACAACAACACUCCCAUUACAUCGAACUCCUCAUGUACAAGGAUUAAAGGAAAGUUUAAGUGCUUGGAACAGUGGAGUAAUGACAACUAG